GCAGUCUGAAGGGACGCCCCGGCAGAGGUGUCGUUACGGACUCCUGCCUGGACGCUUUGGAGCGCGACUCAGAAUUGAACCGCUGAGGCUCCCUGGGUUGCUGGGGCAGGGAGUGGAAGGGGGUUGCGAGGUUACAAAAGCUGUGACUGUCUUGCAGAACCAAAAGAUGAGUCCCUGAAUACCUAGAGUGCAGGAGAGAAAUGGCCUGAAAGCGAUUUUUACUAUUCCCACAUUUAGUAAAUGGAAGUACAGUUACUAGACUUUUAAAGGUACUGUACUCUGAAGCAUUAAAUCUUGCUGAUCAGUGCUGCCCAUGUUUUCUUGAUUGCUCCAGAAUAGCAGAUAAAGUGGCCUCGUGAAUAGGAAUGCCUGCCCAAAUAUCAGGAUCGGAGAUAAUGGAUGAAGAUCGAUUAAUUGAAGAAGUCUUGGAUAAGUUUGUUAAUUGUCAUGAGCAAACAUAUGAAGAAUUUCUGAGCACUUUUACUCACCUUUCAAAAGAGGAUAAUGUGACCAAAAGGAGAGCAUUUGGAAUUGAUUCUUCAGAAAACAUUAGUCAUAAAAAUGAACCAAAUGACCACCAUUUUAGAAAUAAAACCAUCUUUCUUCAUACCUCAUCACAAUGUUCAGAAGAAGAACAGAUAGUGAUGGAUGAAGGCCAAAAAGUUGGCAGUUCCUUUCAAGGUGAUCUGAAUCGGGCAGGAAAGGUGAAGAUAGACAAUUUUCUAGAUCUAGAAGAUUUUGACGUGGAUGAAGAGAUUAAGCCUCAAAUGAGCAAGGAUUUGCUGCUGCUUCCAGGAGAAGUAGAACAGGAGGUCAGCACCAGCAUGCCUUCUUACAAUCCUUCUGUGCACCAGCCACUCACCUGUGAAGUGAAGCCAAAGCCCACCGUAACAGGGACAGAACAACUAAUGGAAGAGAUACCUGGCGAUGAAGUUCAACCCUUCUCACUUGAUGAAGAAUUUGAUUAUGACAAUGUGAUACUAACCCCCAAGUUCAGUCUUGCGGAGAUAGAGUCCAUCAAAGAGCUAUCCAAGCAAAAGAGAAAGAACACCAACACAGACAUGGAGGAACCCCACGACUGAUUCACUAAUGCAGUUUUGUGUUUAUUUUGUUCUUAUGCAACAUCAGAAUAAAAGAUAAACCUGCUAUAAUGUC